AUGAGCUUCAUGACUGCCACGCUCACAGAUGCCGAAAUCAACGCGCUUAGCAGCUCAGCCUUUAACCACGAUGGCGCGAUCCGCCAGCUCGACAAAAUCAUCCGCUCGCUAAACGCGGACCCUACUUCAUUCAUCGAGUCGAUUCGAGUCAAAAACACGCUUGAUGCGUACGUCCAGCGGGCCAAACUUGAGCCGACUCUACCAGUGCUCAGGCUCAUCUUGAACUGCGAGUACAAACUGUGGAAGCUGGCCGAGGCGACACCUAUGAGAUUCAAGACUUAUUUGUCACACUGGGUAGAGGCUCUCAUGGAAACCAACAACGAGGCAGCCGAAGGGCAGGAAGACAAGGCCACUGGCAACGACACCGUCACUGCUGCGGAAACUCGGAAGACGAGGGCUGAAUACAUCAUGGGCCUGCUGCUGUGGGAGCCAUCAUUAUCCAAAGCCUCACCCAACUUGAUACUGGACCGCCUUAAGAUGGAUGGUGUUCCACUAGCAACCUUCGAUCUGGAACCGUAUAUGCGCAUGCUUGUUGAGACAGAGGUUUGGGACGAGCUGCCAGAGCCGAAAGUACGAGCUCCUGCACAGCCCUCACUGCACCAGACUCAGGCGCAAGAGGUUAACAGCUCACAGUCAUGGGACGAAGCUAUAAUCCGGAAGCUGAGAUACGAUCCCGAACAAGCCGUGCAAGAACUCGCGCAUCUCCCACUCGAGCUAUCGUCCCUAGACUUCCUCACCAGACUACACGCCAAUCACACCUUCGAGGAAAACGGCAUUAACGGCCAAAGCGUUAGCACCCAUUUCAUACAGCACGCAAUGCGGCUUAUCGAGAAGAUGGAGGCGCCCCCUCCCCCGGAGGAGGAGGAGGAGACAACGACCAACGGCACGGUCAACGGCAUUACCAACGGAGCCAUCAACGGCACUACCAAUGGUGUCGGCAACGGUACCCCGAUCGUCGAAUACGGAAAGGAUGCGCAGCGUCGCGCUGUCAUGAUACUGCUGCUGUUCAUCAAGAGCUCCAUCACCAAGGGCUUCGUUGAAGCGGGCGCGCUCUUCUAUGAGCUUCAGGAAAUAUGUAUUCGAUACGUAUGGAUAAAAGAGGUUAGGGACUUCAAGGCUUGGGCACAAGGACAGUUCGCUAGUAACUAG